CAAGCGAAACAUUGAAAACCUCAUCCCUCUGUGUUCAAUACGCCACAUGUGUGUACUGGUUAACGUUUUAAAGCGUACUGAACGGCGGAUUGAAGCUGGUUGAAGUUGCUGAUGCUGCUUUGCACCCCCAAACCGCUAACAAAAAGAGAGACCUAGGGAUUUGCAUAUAGUUACAUUGAAUAUUCACAGCAAACUGAAGCAACAAUCUAAUUUUAUUUCUGAAAGUCGCAUUCUCAAAAUAAACCGAUAUCUUCGCCUGAUUUAGCCUACUGCGGCUCGCAUCCUGCCACACUCUCCCUUCCAGCUCUAUCUAAGCAUCCAUAUUUUUUGUUCAUCCCUGUGUGGGGGUAUAGGGAGUGGCAACCUGAUAAAUCAACCGAUCCGCGGACCCCUCUCUAGGAAAAAAGCAAGUUCGCCGCUUUUUGGACACGUUUAUGCGUAAAUUGGAUAUAAAAAGCUAAAAUGGAGAGGUAUUGCCACCAUUCCGACUUCUAGUGCCUCAAACCGAAAGCCUUAAUCCCUGCACUUCUCCCUGUACAUGAUGAACAUGCUGAAGUCCAGUGGACUGAAGAUCCCUGGCAGGGGCCCAAAGCACUCCCCUGGCCCUGUGGGACGAACCUCUGCUGGGGGGUCCGCUUCCGGCACUGUGGGCCAGAAAGACAACUCCCCACACAAGCAGACCUCCCCACUCCCCAGCAGCAAUGCCUCAGACAAGUCAAGCUCUAAGACAUCCGAGGUGGGAGACGACGUCCUUGGGGACUACGUGGUUGGCGAACGUGUCUGGGUCAACGGGGUCAAACCAGGCGUCAUUGCCUACCUGGGUGAGACCCAGUUCGCCCCAGGACAGUGGGCUGGGGUGGUCCUCAAUGACCUGUUGGGGAAAAAUGACGGCUCUGUGGGCGGCGUGCGCUACUUUGAGUGCCAGCCCCACCAGGGCAUCUUCACGCGCCCUUCCAAGCUCACCCGGCAACCGGUGGGCGACGGAAGCGAAGUCCACUCCACUGAUUCGCUGACAGCUCAGAACCUGACACUCCAUGGCGGCAAUGGCACUUCGCCUGCUGGUCAGCGUGUGGCUAUGCCACUCAGGGAGGGCAUGCUCAACAGCUCUGUGAAGACAGGUAACGAGUCAGGUUCCAACAUGUCCGACAGUGGCUCGGUCAAGAAAGGCGGGGAUAAGGACCUUCGAGUGGGAGACCGUGUGCUGGUGGGGGGCACUAAGACAGGAGUGGUGCGCUACGUGGGGGAGACUGACUUUGCCAAAGGUGAGUGGUGCGGCGUGGAGUUGGACGAGCCCCUGGGGAAGAACGACGGUGCAGUCGCUGGAACCAGGUACUUCCAGUGUCCGCCCAGGUUUGGCCUGUUCGCACCCAUCCACAAGGUGAUCCGCAUCGGCUUCCCCUCCACCAGCCCAGCCAAGACCAAGAAGAGCAAGCGGAUGGCCAUGGGGGUGUCGUCGCUAGCCCACAGCCCCAGCAGUUCAUCCAUCAGCUCUGUUAGCUCUGUGGCUUCCUCGGUGGGCGGACGGCCAAGCCGCACUGGCCUGCUCACGGAGACGUCGUCGCGCUAUGCCCGCAAGAUCUCUGGCACCACUGCGCUGCAGGAGGCACUGAAGGAGAAACAGCAGCACAUCGAGCAGCUGCUGGCCGAGCGGGACCUGGAGCGGGCCGAGGUGGCCAAGGCCACCAGCCACAUCUGUGAAGUAGAGAAGGAGCUCAACGCCCUCAAGGCCCAGCACCUGCAGUAUGUCACAGAGACAGAGAGCAACCUCCAUCAAGUCAAAACUCUGAUGGCCAGCACUCAGAAGGACAAAGUAGAGCUAGCCAAUCAGCUUGAAGAAGAGAAAAGGAAAGUGGAAGACCUUCAGUUCAGAGUGGAGGAGGAGUCCAUCACCAAAGGAGACCUUGAGACUCAGACGAAAUUGGAGCAUGCCCGUAUUCGGCAACUUGAGCAGAAUCUGUUCCUCGAAAAGUCGAGAGCAGAAAAGCUUCAGAAAGAAUUAGAGGGAAGACGCAGACUUGAUGCGGCACCCUUGAGGUUGGAUAAAAGAACCAAGCAAAGCACAGUUGAGGAGAAGAGCCAUGUAAUGCAGCUGGAGGAGGAGCUGGCCCUGAGGCAGGCCGAGAUCGAGGAGCUCCAGGUCCAGCUUAGGGACCCCGACUCUCACCCCAACACGGCCGAGGACGGGUACCCCACCCAGGGGCCAGUGGCCCAGUCGGAGACCUUCCUGCUCCGGGAGCAGCUCCUGACAGCGGGUCGGGAGCACCACAAGGAGAGCAGCCAGCUGAGGGAGAAGUACGAGGUGGCAGUGGUGGCAGGCCAGGAGGAGACAAACAGACUAAAAGCCAUGGUGGACAAACAGAGCCAGGAGAUCAUCGAUUUGAAGCAGAGAGUCCAGCAGGCCACUACAGAGAACAUGGAGAUGAUGGACAACUGGAAGGUCAGGCUGGACACACUGGUCAACGACCACCAGCGCUCUCUGGAGGACCUGAAGACCUCGCUAUCUAGCCAGAACGGCUCGGCCGAGGGCCAAGAGCAGGACCCUCAGGAGCUGAGGACCACCCUGGAAAGUCUGCGCAUGGAGCACCAGUUGGAGCUGGAGAACCUCAAGGCCAGACACGAGAUCGAGGCAGCUGUGCUGGCCAAAGAGCGUGAGGAUCUGCGCUCCCGCCUGCAGGACGCCAAGGACCAGCUGGGCGAGAGCAGCCAGAAUGGGAAAAACCAGGCCCAGACGGAGGCCAGAAGCAACCAGCUGACCCUGGAGCUGAGAGAUGCCCGGGAGGAGCUUCAGAAGGCCCAGCUGAGGGUGGGCGAGGUGGAGAGGCAGAAGGGAGAGAAGGACGGGGCCCAGGAUGAGCUCCGGGAGCGCCUUGAGCUGGCUGAGAAGAAGAUGGUGGAUUAUGAGGCCCUGCAGAAAGCUGAGGCCCAGAGUCGGGCCGAGCUCCACAGCCUGGAGGAAAAGCUGAGGGUGACUGAGAACCGACUGCAGGCGGUGCAGGAUGACCAUCACAUGCCACAAGAUGCCAACGUUAUAGAAAAUAAUGACAUCUCAGAGGAGAAGAUUAAGCUAAAACAGAAUGUUGAAGAAACUAUGGAGAACCUGACCAAAAGAGAAAAAGAGGUCUCCACUCUCACGUCACAGUUUGAUGCCCUCAAAUCACAGAUAACUGCCUUGGAGGGCAAAGUUCGCUCAGGUGAGAAGAAGGCUGACACCCUGGUCAAGGAGAAGAUGCGCCUGGAGGCCGACCUUGAGUCCAUGACCAAGAAGUCCCAUGAUGCAUCGGGACAGCUGGUCGUCAUUAGCCAGGAGUUACUGAAGAAGGAGAGGAGUCUGAACGAGCUGAGGGUGUUACUUCUGGACUCCCCUCGCCACUCGCUUGGCCUGGACCGAGACCUGAGCCGAGAGGUGCACAAGGCGGAAUGGAGGGUGAAGGAGCAGAAACUCCAGGAUGACAUCAAGACCCUGAGAGACAAACUGCUCCUGCUGGGCAGGGAGAGGGGCUCGUCCCCAGACCACCGGCGCUACUCUAUGCUGGACCCGUCGGCUCUGGACUCGGAGGUGAGCCGUCUGCGCCAGCGGCUCCUGAGCACCGAGGAGGCCCUGAGGGGAGCUCUGGAGCACAACCAGGAAGUGGACCAGCUGGUGCAAGCCAUGCGCACGCACCCAGACAAGACCCAGGUGCAUGGUGGUGCAAAUUCAGCCAAUGGGAUUUAUCAACAGGAUUCUUCCUUUACUCAAGAUGUAGGUAUUAAUUCAUCAUUAUAAACUGGAUAGGCUGGAUUCUGGAUGCUGAUUAGCUGAAAGCUGUGGUAUAUCAGAAGAUAUACCACGGGUAUGAUGCAGAAUGACUUGUUUACUGUUCUAAUUAUGCUAAUAAUAGUUUAUAAUAGCAAUAAGGCACCUCAGGGGUUUGUGUUAUAUGGCCAAUAUACCACGGCUAAGGGCUGUAUCCAGCAGGUAUCUUGCAUGUUGCGUCGUGCAUAAGAAAAGCCCUUAGCCGUGGUAUAUUGGCCAUAUACCACACCUCCUAUAUCAAUCACACAUGUUCUAUGUCACAUCAAUUAAAUGUAUCUUAGCUCCAUAGAUCAGUUAAAUAUAAACUCACUGUCUAGAGAUUCACUGAAUGCAUGUUGCACUUUUUUAUUAUUUAUUGCCAUUCCCACAAUGAGUUACAUAAAUACAACAUUAAUGGCUUGCUUACCGAACACAGAUAAAGCCUAGUUCUAGACCAGGGGCAGGCAGCCCUGGUCCUGGAGUGCCGCAAGCACUUCAUGUUUUGGAUUUAAGAAGACCAGGUGUGUUGAAUUUAGAAGACCAGGUGCGUUGAAUUUAGACCAUCACUGAACUGAUCAAUUAGCUCAGUUGGUCAGGUGUGGUGCCUAAUUGGAACAAAAUCCUGCGGCACUCCAGGAACAGGGUUGCCUACCCGUUCUAGACUUAAAAGCAUGCUCAAUAGAGAAUCUCCAUUUAAUCUGUGCCAUAAAUUAAUAUUCUGAAGUAUGUAUUUGAUAGAUUAUUUGAACUUUUUCUUCUUCAACUUCAUGGCUUCCUCCCCAGGAACAACACUAAUAUAGGAGAAGAAGAGCCCAUCUUGAAUUGGGGAAAUGCAUAGCUACAUUUGAAAAGAAAAAUAAGUCACUACGACGUUAAGACUUGGGACUAGCACUCCAUUGGACUCCAGACGCCAUUUUCUGUUUACAGUUACUACCAAAACAAUGACUACCAAAACAAUGACUCUCAAUAUGUACAUUUAAUCUGUUGCAAAAAAUAAAAUCACCUAUUAGACAAUUUUAAGACAGAUCAAAGAUACUGUAAAAUGGACAUGGAGGUGAAUAAUAAAUCGGUACGACCUUUGUAAACUGAUACCUACCCUGCAGACUACCUCCAAGGAUGGUAUUGGACAUGGGAGAACCUUUUAUGGUAGUUUAUUAGAGAUCAUGACCCUACAACUCAUGAGAAACUAUUUUGUGAAUUACUAAUUGUGACUCCAGAGAAUGGAUUGACUCUGGUGUCUGAUUGAAAGCAAAGAAGAAGAAUUUGGCCUCAAUCCACCACUUUUUGUUAUUUAUUUGCCACACUACUUUUGAACCUUCUUAGAGUACUGUAGCUGAUUUGAUUUGGCCAGUUACGUUCAGAACAAUUUUCUCAAGCUCCUCCUCUUGCUCUGUAGCGAACGUGAUUGAAACGAUUAUGCUGCUGGAUUUUGGCUGAUGUUGUGAAAUAGCUGCAUUAUCAGAAUUGUGCAUACUGUAAACGUGUAUUUAGCCAACUGAACCAAUCCAACUCAGCGCCGUAUUUGCAUCAAAUAGCUAUCCGUUUAAUGGUUUACUAAUUUGAACUGAGUUAUCCAUUCAUUUCACUAUGGCUUCACUAGAUAGUGGGAAACCGUACCACUUUGUAGUGUUUCCAUAAACAGGGGUUUUAAAAAAUACCAGUAUUAACUUCUUAUUGUUGAUCAUUUAUCUAAAGACAUUUGACCAUGCCAUGGGAUAACUUUGUCCUUUGAUUAGAGUAGGCCACUCAAGGGCUAUUUGGAGCACAAUCCAAACAAUGGAAUGUUCUAUGAUGUAUCCCAAAUGGCACCCUGUUCCCAAUAUAGUGCACAACUUCUGACUAGAGCCCUAUGGACCCUGGUCAAAAGUAGUGAAAUAUAGUGCUAUUUAUGACACAACCCUACUGUAACUGCUCCCUCCCUUGGUUGAAGAACACACAUCUGGAUGACGUUUAAACAAAUCCUAAUCAUAACGUACAGAAUUGAUACAUUAUGGUCUUCCAAAUGAUAUCAUCUCCAUUUAACAAGCCAACAGGGAAAUACUAAGUGUAGUCCAUUACUGUAUUUACGGGAUAUUGGUUGACAUUCUGGUCUGUCUCAAAUGGCACCCUAUUCCCUAUAUAGUGCACUACUUUUUGGCACUGGUCAAAAGUAGUGCACAGUAUAGGGAAUAGCAUGCGAUUUGAAAUGCACUGUCUUUGGGAGAACAUUAUCUUGAUGUGAGUAAUGUGGAAUGUAAGACUUGGGAUUGACAUUGCUUGGACAAAGUGUUGGGCUGGCCCUCGCUCAGCGAAACUGAAGCUACAAACUGUCAUUGGAAAAUGUAUAUUGCCUUUUUUCAGAUGGGAAACACUUCAUACCCUUUAUUGCUGUAAUGAUUUCUGAGAUUGAGUCAUUAAAUAUUAACAAUGUG